AUGGCGCCCCAGGUCAUUCGCUUGCCCGACGGACAGACCUUUACUGUCACACCUGUCUUUGCUGGUCUGGGCUUCAAGAGCCACGAGCUCAAUACGCAUCAUAAUGCAUUUCCUGUCGGAUGGACCGUGGUGCUAAAUACCGAGAGCGAUUGUCUCUCCGAUGACGAAGACGACGAUAAACAGGACGCUGAUGGUAGAGAGAAUGGCGUCGUUCUUGAUGGGGGCCGUCCGAGACGCCAUAUUCACUCUUUCGACAAGCCCACCCUCCAGGGUGAUAACCUCUUCAUUUCGUCCAUCGCGAACCCCUCGACCUCCGAGUUUAAGCCCGCUGCGAGCCCUACACGCCAGAUUGCUAUGAUGCUAUGGAUCACACUCUACUGGUACUUCCACCAGCGGGAACCUGCACCUCAGGUUUCUGCUCAAGCAGCGGAGAAGACUCCCCAGGCGGCCAAGCCGCGGGGUGAAUGGAAGAUCAAUAUCAAGCGGGAUGGUGUGCUGCGAGGGCGCAACCUAAUCCCCAAGCUUGAGCGCAUGGGACUUAUCACCUCCGGGAGCACUGCCGUUGGCACGAGUUUGGAUGAUAACGGGGAUGAUUGGGCGAACAUGUUUGUGUCGAGGCGGAUGUUUUGGCAGCUUCCUGGACGAUUGUUCUUAUUCUCCCUGCAGCCAACCAGAGCUGGCACGGCAUACGACUCGGUCCCUGGAUCACCUAUUGGCAGCCGACCAAACUCGCCAUUGCCGAUGGAACCUUCAUCACCCUUUCACAAGGCCUUCCAGCGUCAUUCGCCGCAUCCUUCCCUCCAUCGAAUGGACCAUGAUCUGCCUGGCGGUCCUACACCAACUUCGAUGUCGAACCCGCCGAGCUACCCUAUCAGUCCUUUCUUCUCCAGCUCUCAUCUUCCAACCUACUAUCCGCCCCCUCCACUUCAGUACGUCUUCACGAAUAAUAUCCGUCAUCCUACGAGACCAAAACCACCGCGAAUGGGCGAAGUAUUUUACACCAGAUUUGUUCCCAGCGUCAACCAAUAUCUUUCAUUCCGCGUGGCUUCCAUUUCGCCCAACCCUGUGCCUUAUUUUGGUCCUGUAGGACCUAAACCGCCUGAGCAGUCUCACUUGUCUACACUUAACGAUUCUGCAUUGCUGCAGAUGUGGAUGGAGAAGCCUCGUGUGAGCGCUUUCUGGGGAGAGUAUGAUGAGAAGUUUCUGACAAAUGCCCUCAACCAAUCCAACUCUUUCCCUGUUAUCGGACAAUGGGAUGGCGUUCCGUUCGGGUACUUUGAGAUUUACUGGGUGAAGGAGGAUAUCCUUGGACAGCAUGUAGGAAGCGAUGCAGCUGAUUGGGACCGAGGUCUUCACGUCUUCAUCGGAGAGGAAUGGGCCAGAGGCCGGGUCCCAAUCUGGUUGACCGGAUUGGUGCAUUGGUGUUUGACAUCAGACUACCGAACAAUGAGUAUAUGUCUUGAGCCGAGAGUGGACAAUGCGAGGUUUUUGCAAGGUCUUGAAUAUACUGGGUUCUCGCGCGAGAAGCAGGUUUCCUUUCCUCACAAGCAGUCUUGGCUCGUGCGAAUGCGUCGCGAGCAAUUUGAAGGACCAGCGCUGUAG